AUGGCAGCUACUUUAUCGCCCGAGGAAGAACAGGCCACCAAACAGUUCUUAGAGGAAAUCACCCUAUGGACCAAUCAGCAUGGCGUCUCUCCGCUCUCCAGGGAAUUGGCAGUCAAGUUCCUCAUGGCGCGCAAGUUCGACGUCUUCCGAGCAAUUGAACUCUUUCACAGCUACAGGGAAACGCGUCUUAAAGAAGGAAUCGUCAGACUUCAACCUCAGGAAGAACCUCUGCGUUCCGAGCUGCUCAGUGGAAAGUUCACAGUGCUGAGUGCACGGGAUCCAUCAGGAGCUUCCAUCGCCUUGUACACUGCCAAACUUCAUCAUCCAAACAAGACUGGAAACCACGUCGUUCUGCAAGCACUCUUUUACCUUCUGGACCGUGCCGUGGAGAGCUUUGAGACCCAAAGGAAUGGCUUGGUGUUCAUUUAUGACAUGGCCGGUUCCACCUACACAAAUUUUGAGCUGGACUUGAGCAAGAAGAUUCUCAACUUACUUAAGGGAGCGUUCCCCGCCAGGCUGAAGAAAGUGUUGAUUGUUGGGGCCCCGGUGUGGUUUCGGGUUCCCUACAACCUGCUCAGUCUUCUACUGAAGGAGAAACUUCGGGAACGGGUUCAAAUGGUGAAGAUGGCCGAGCUCCGCCAACACCUCCCCAAGGACUGCCUACCCCAGCACCUGGGCGGCCUUCUUCCCUUGGAUGCCUUUAGCUGCAACCAGCAGCUUCUAGCGGGGCAAAAUGGUCGCGUGGACCCCGUGGAUGAACUGGUGGGCAUCCCCCUGGAGGACUCUUCCGUUCACAUCCCGGGACCCGAAUCCAUGCGUCCUCAGGAGCUGCUGACUCAUCUUGGCAGGCUUCAGCGCUCCGGCAUCCAUCAGGAGUAUGAGGAGCUCCGGAAGGAAGCUCCACCUGGAACAUUCCAUUGCGCACAAGCUGUCUACAAUCUGGAGAGGAAUCGAUACGGAGACGUUCUGUGCCUUGAUCAAACAAGAGUCCGUCUGAAACCAAGAAGAAACGAGAGAUCUGACUACAUCAACGCCAGCUUCAUGGAUGGCUAUAAACAGAAGAACGCAUAUAUCGGUACUCAAGGUCCAUUGGAAAAGACGUACGGGGACUUCUGGCGAAUGGUUUGGGAGCAAAAUGUGCUUGUUGUUGUCAUGACAACCAGGACAGAGGAGGGCAGUCGAAGGAAGUGUGGACAGUACUGGCCUCUGGAUGAAGGUGGUCAGGAGGUCUAUGGCCACAUAGCGGUGGUGAAUCAAAGGGUGGACCACCACACGCACUACAACCACACCACCCUAGAGCUGCACAACACUGAGACAUGUGAACAGAGGCAAGUGAGUCACUUCCAGUACCUCAGCUGGCCGGAUUACGGCGUCCCCACUUCGGCAGUGACUGUCAUCGACUUCCUGGCGGCCGUGAAGAGACAGCAGUGGAAUAUGAUCAAGUCUUUGGGAUCUCGGUGGACGGGGCACCCACAAGGACCUCCCAUUGUUGUCCAUUGUAGUGCAGGGAUUGGGAGGACAGGUACCUUCUGCGCCCUGGACAUCAGUCUGUCACAACUCCAAGACGUGGGCUCUCUGAACGUGUGCCAAACGGUGCGACGCAUGAGAACGCAGAGGGCCUUCAGUAUCCAAACUCCAGACCAGUACUACUUCUGCUACAACGCCAUUUUGGAGCAUGCCCAACGCCACGGCCUGCUUCCGGCCAAUCAGUGA